GGAAAAAAUCAAAAUGGCAACCGCCUCAAAAGCUACCUCUCACUUGUAUUGUUGAGGUAUUACAAUAUUACUAAAAAUUUCUCAACUCUUGGCGGAUGCUGUUAAGAAAGUGAUAAAAUGUCGUACAGGGUUCUUAAUGUGGCAGAGAAAAAUGAUGCCGCAAGGGAAAUUGCACGAAUCAUGUCCCGUGGUGGAAAUAGUCGACGGGAAGGGAUGUCUGUAUACAAUAAAAUCUAUGAGUAUCAUUAUAAUUUAUUUGGGCGACAAUGCCAGAUGACAAUGACGUCAGUAUCUGGACACUUAAUGGAUGUAGAAUUCUCUGCUGGCUAUCAAAAAUGGCAAAGCUGUCAACCUUUGGCCCUGUUUACAGCACCUAUUGAGAAGAAAGUCCAAGAGAAAAUGGACAAUAUUAGGAAGACCCUUGAGAGAGAGGUUCGUCGAUGUCAAGCUUUGAUAAUCUGGACUGACUGUGAUCGGGAAGGUGAAAAUAUUGGUUUUGAAAUCAUUGAAGUUUGCAAGGCAAUCAAACCCUGUAUCGAAGUGCACCGCGCCAGAUUCUCGGAAAUUACAGCUUCAUCAAUUACUAGAGCUUGUAAUAAUUUGAUCAGACCAGACGAGAACACAUCAUUUGCCGUUGAUGCGAGACAGGAACUAGAUCUUAGAAUAGGAGCAGCAUUUACUCGAUUUCAAACUUUACGACUACAGAAACGUUUCCCUAACGUUCUUAGCGAUCAAUUAAUUAGCUAUGGGAGCUGUCAGUUUCCAACACUUGGCUUUGUCGUGCAACGUUUCAAGGAGAUUGUUGCAUUCGUUUCUGAAACCUUUUAUAAAAUCCAAGUAAAACAUGUCACUAUUGAUGGAGAAGCGGAAUUUCAUUGGAAGCGAGUUCGUCUUUUUCACCGUUUAGCAUGUGCAGUAUUACAUGAAUGUUGUCUCGAGAAUCCUUUGGCCACUGUUGUAAAUCAAACUUCCAAACCAAAAAGCAAGUGGCGACCACUACCUCUUGACACUGUGGAAUUGGAGAAACUUGCUUCGAGAAAGCUAAGGAUAAAUGCAAAGGAGACAAUGAGAAUUGCAGAAAAGUUAUACAAUAAAGGUUUUAUCAGUUACCCGCGUACUGAGACCAAUAUCUUUCCUUCUUCUCUUGAUCUGACCGAUCUCAUUCGGCAUCAAACCGUUGACAACAGUUGGGGACAAUUUGCAGCUAACCUAUUGACUGAAGGUGCUAAUCCACGUCAAGGUACAAAGACAGACAAUGCCCAUCCGCCUAUCCAUCCUACAAAGUUCACAGGAACAUUACAGGGAAAUGAAAAAAGGUUAUACGAAUUUAUUGUUCGGCACUUUCUCGCAUGUUGCUCAAAGGAUGCACAAGGAGUCGAAACAACAGUGGAAAUUGAUAUAGCAGGAGAGAAAUUUACAGCGAAAGGAUUAUCUAUCACUGCUAGGAACUACCUUGAGGUUUAUCAUUAUGAUAAAUGGUGCGAGAAGACAAUACCUGUAUAUCGUAAAGGCGAAACUUUCACGCCUUCUUCAAUUGACAUGAUAGAAGGACAGACAGAGCCGCCUUCAUUGCUGACUGAGGCAGAUCUUAUCGCUCUGAUGGAGAAGCACGGUAUAGGUACAGAUGCGACGCACGCCGAACAUAUUGAAAAGAUAAAGCAGAGAAACUAUGUCGGUGUACAGCCGGAUGGCAAGUUUAUUCCAGGAGAGCUUGGUAUGGGUCUUGUCGAAGGUUACGACGCAAUGGGUUUUCAAAUGUCCAAACCACAUCUUCGUGCUGAAUUGGAAGCUGAUCUCAAGAAGAUUUGUCUUGGCCAAAAGAAUAAGGAGGUAGUUCUGCUACAGCAAAUCGAUAAAUAUAAAGAAGUGUUUGUACAGACUUGUGAGCACGUCAAUCAGUUAGACAACGCUUUAGCACGAUUCUUUGGACAUCCCGAGGAACUUACAGAAGAUCCUAUUGCCUCUCAAAUAGUCCAUAACAAACCAGUGUUUCCAUGUCCCACAUGUCAAGCCCAAAUGUGCACAAAGAAGACGCAGGAGGGCUUUUUUAUUAUUAGGUGUAUGCGCUACCCUGAUUGCAAGUCGGUUGCCUUUCUUCCUCGUUUUGUGCUUGAUGUUGACGUAACGGAAAUAGAGUGUACACGUUGUGUUCCAAGGCCCGUGUAUAAAAUGAAAUUUACGUUUAAACCAGGUUCGAUUCCACCCAUGAUGAAUUUAGAAUAUCAUUCAUGUAUACUAUGCGACCAAGAUCUCAGAGAACUUUUAGAUUUCAGAAUUAAGUCUGUGGUUUCAUCCACUAGAAGUCAACAAAAUGUUUCUAACAACAUCGCUAGAAAUGCACGAUAUAACAACAGUGAAAAUCAACGAGGCGGUAGCAUUCGACCGCGUGGACCAAGACACAAACCUCCACCUGGACCAAGAUAUGCACCUCCACGUGAACCACGACACGAACCAUGUCCUUCACAACCACGUGAACUGCAACGUCCUCCAUUACAAACACUAAAUAACAGACCAGGAUUUACUCACAGCUCUACGACAAUUUUGUGUAAUUGCAAUAAAACGGCAGUCGUGCGCACCGUCCGUAAAGAGAGCGCGAAUAAAGGUCGUAAUUUUUAUUCUUGCGAAGUGAAGGGAUGUGACUUUUUUUUGUGGGAAGAUAACAACCCAGGAAAUAGUCAGCAGAUCAAUGUUCAUACGCCAAACAGACGUAAAAGAACUUUUGAAGCUGCAAAUCAAAAGUUGUGUCAGUGUCGAAAUGCAGUUGUUGUAAGGACAGUCCUAAAGCACGGUCCAAACAAGGAUCGUCAAUUUUAUACUUGCUCGAAGCCUCCAGGACAGUCAUGUAACUUUUUCGAAUGGGUCGAUGGAACAAAUGCACAACAAAACCCGCAUUCUUCUAAGAGAGAAAGCAGAAAACCAAGAUGCUGUGGUAUUUGUCGCCAACCAGGACACACUCGCAAUACAUGUCCACAAAAUAAUUGAUUCGAGUAUGAAAGAAUGAGAGACGAAGUAUAUUCUUUUCGCGUUCAUAAAGACAAUGCAUACACGUUUAUUAAUUAAGGCAAUUGAUUAGAAAAGAUGGUUUAGUACAUAGCCAACACAAAUAAAAUACAAACUUAU